ACGUCUGUCUGAUAUAAAGGCAGAAGAUAUAGAGGGAGAAGAAGAGAUGUAUGUGACUGAUAUAAAGGCAGAAGAUAUAGAGGGAGUAGAAGAGACGUAUGUGACUGAUAUAAAGGCAGAAGAUAUAGAGGGAGAAGAAGAGACGUAUGUGUCUGAUAUAAAUGCAGAAGCUAUAGAGGGAGAAGAAGAGACGUAUGUGACUGAUAUGAAGGCAGAAGCUAUAGAGGGAGAAGAAGAGACGUAUGUGACUGAUAUGAAGGCAGAAGAUACAGAGGGAGUAGAAGAGACGUAUGUGACUGAUAUGAAGGCAGAAGAUACAGAGGGAGAAGAAGAGACGUAUGUGACUGAUAUAAAUGCAGAAGCUAUAGAGGGAGAAGAAGAGACGUAUGGGACUGAUAUGAAGGCAGAAGAUACAGAGGGAGAAGAAGAGACGUAUGUGACUGAUAUAAAGGCAGAAGAUACAGAGGGAGAAGCAGAGACGUAUGUGACUGAUAUAAAGGCAGAAGAUAUAGAGGGAGUAGAAGAGACGUAUGUGACUGAUAUAAAGGCAGAAGAUAUAGAGGGAGAAGAAGAGACGUAUGUGACUGAUAUAAAGGCAGAAGAUAUAGAGGCAGAAGAAGAGAUGUAUGUGACUGAUAUAAAGGCAGAAGAUAUAGAGGGAGAAGAAGAGACGUAUGUGACUGAUAUAAAGGCAGAAGAUACAGAGGGAGAAGAAGAGACGUAUGUGAGGGGUGAUCAGCAGUGUAAGAAGGAGGACAUCCCUACAGAUAUCAGCACAGCAGAUGGACACACAAGCAGGAAUAUCUCAGAAGGACAUCUAAUGUUCUCCCCGGAUUGUGACAUAAAAGAUAAUGACAGCAGACAGGAUUCUCCAGGAGCUAACCCCAUUACCCCACUUAUACAUCCAGCUCUAUCAGCUGAUCCCUGUGAUUCUGGGAAAUGUUCUCCUGAUCACUCUUAUAUUGGUGCAUCUGUUACAGCUCUGAGAGUAGAUACAGAGUUUCCCUGUUCUAUAGAUGCCAAAUGUUUUACAAAGAACACAAAGCCUAUUAACCCACAGACAGGUAAGGCAGGUGAGAGGCCAUUUCCAUGUUCUAAAUGUGGGAAAUGUUUUACAUACAAAUCAGCUCUUGUUACACAUCAGAGAAGGCACACAGGUGCGAAGCCAUUUCCAUGUUCUAAGUGUGGUCAAUGUUUUACAUACAAAACGACUCUUGAGGCACAUAAGAGAAGUCACACAAGUACAUCACCAUUUCCAUGUUCUGAGUGUGGGAAAUAUUUUGCACAUAAAUCACAACGUGCUAGACAUCAGAGAAGUCACACAAGUGAGAGGCCAUUUCCAUGUCCUGAGUGUUGGAAAUGGUUUGCACAGAAAUCAGAUGUUGUUAAACAUCAGAUAAGUCACACAGGUGAGAGGCUAUUUCCAUGUUCUGAGUGUGGGAAAUGGUUUGCACAGAAAUCAGAUGUUGUUAAACAUCAGAGAAGUCACACAGGUGAGAAGCCAUUUUCUUGCUCUGAGUGCGCAAAAUGUUAUACUCGGAAAGCACAACUUGUUAUACAUCAGAGAAGUCACACAGGUGAGAAGCCAUUUCCAUGUUCUGAGUGUGGGAAAUGGUUUGCACACAAAUCAGAUCUUGUUAGUCAUAACAGAAGUCACACAGUGGAGAAUCCUAUUUCUUGCUCUGAGUGUGGGAAAUGUUUUACACGGAAAUCACAACUUGUUACACAUCAGCGAAGUCACACAGGCGAAAGGCCAUUUCAAUGUCCUGAGUGUGGGAAAGGGUUUGCACAGAAAUCAAAUCUUGUUAGACAUCAGAGAAGUCACACAGGUGAGAAGCCAUUUCCAUGUUCUGAAUGUGGGAAAUGUUUUGCACACAAAUCAGAUCUUGUUAGUCAUAACAGAAGUCACACAGUGGAGAAUCCAAUUUCUUGCUCUGAGUGUGGGAAAUGUUUUACACGGAAAUGCCGCCUUGUUAUACAUCAGAGAAGUCACACAGGUGAGAAGCCAUUUCCAUGUUCUGAGUGUGGGAAAUGUUUUGCACUCAAAUCAUCUCUUGUUAGACAUCACAGAAGUCACACAGGUGAGAAGCUAUUUUCUUGCACCGAGUGUGGGAAAUGUUUUACACAGAAAUCACAUCUUGUUAGACAUCAGCAAAGUCACACAUGUGAGAAUCCAUUUCCAUGCACUGAGUGUGGGAAAUGUUUUACACAGAAAUCACAACUUGUUACACAUCAGAGAAGUCACUCAGGUGUGGAACCAUUUUAAUCUUCUGGAGUAUACUUAUUAUUGCCAGGCGUUGUUCUUCAAGGUUCUUAUCUUAUCUCGUAUUCUUUUUGCAAUAUACAUGCUACCACUGGGUGAAAUAAUCAGAUGUCAUGCCCUCAUCUGCCACUGCUAUACAGAUGACCUGUCUUUUACUCCGUGUACCGAGAACCCAGUACCAAUCCUAAAUGGUUGUCUAGCUGAGCUCCAGGUGUGGGUGAUGCCAGUUGGCUGUGACUCAGUCCUGGUGAAACAUGUCAUUAUGAUAGAAGUUCACCAACAAAGGGCAGGGCUACAGCUCAGCUUUGCUACCAGCCAGACUUACGCUUGGGGGUUCAGAGUUACAAAAUGCUGAUCCUGUGCGGAAUCUAGGUGUCCUGGAUGGUGGAGUGACACUUAGACAUCAGGUAUCAGCCACAAUCAGAUCCUCAUCUGAGGAACAUAGCCAGACUCCAGCAUUUAUUUCCCUCAGAAGAUCUACCUGAUGUCAUACAUGCACUUGUAUCCUGCCAUUUAGACUACUGCAAUGUCCUCUACCUGGGUCUCCCAGCAAUAGAAUUGCACCGCUUGUAGCGUGUACAGAAUGCAACAGCCAGGCUGUUACCUAACCAAGCCCGUUCCUGCCACAUAACACCCAUUCUCUGCUCCCUUCACCGGCUGCCUGUAAGAUGGUGACUCUGGGCCUAAUUCAGGUUGGAUCGCAGUGUGAUCCAAAUGGAAUUAUUCAGAAAAAGUUGCGGAUGCAUGCGCAGUGCCAAUCCUGCGCAUGCGGCCGCAUAUUCUGCAGAAUAUGCGAUUGCCUGUCAGGCAGAGGCAGUCACGUGGGGUGAGCGGGCAAUGCUCCAUUUCCAGGGAGGAGGCGGUGUGGCGCGAAUGGAGGGCAGAGGCGGACAAGCGGGCAUCAUCACGGUGGCUUUGUGACAUCACAUGCAGCCGCCGUGAUUGAGAAGAAUGCGGCGGGCCUCCUGCGGUAGCAGCUAAGCUGCGGCAGCAGGAGGCUUCACUAACUUCUACGAUGAAGCGGAAAUGGUGAGGCAAUCGCAAUUUCUGUUUCAUCAAGGGGGGGAGGCAGCGGUCAGCAUGCUGAGUGGCCUUGCCCUGUGAUGGGGAGACAGGGUGGUUGGCAGUAGCGGGGGCUGCUGGAGGCAGUGUCUAAGUGGGUAAUAUUGUCCCCAAGCAGCGCUGAGGUGUCAGUGGGGAGAUAGGGCAGGUGGCAGUAGUGGGGGAAGACAGGGCGGUGGCAGUAGUGGGAGGAGACAGGGCAGGUGGCAGUAGUGGGAGGAGACAGGGUGGAUGGCUGUACAGUGUCAGGGGCUGCUGGAGGCAGUAAAGAGGUGUAUGGGUCCCGCACAGAAUCAGUUGAUAAUUAGACUUAAUGAUUAUUAUGCUUCCUUAUUUCUAAUUAUUCCCUUGUAUGUGUUAUUGUUAUUUGCUGAGUCAGCCUUUAUGUGUGUUCUGUGUAAUAAUCCUGGUGCUACCGAUGUCAUAUCAUUUGAAUUAACUUGGAAAAGAUUAGAUAUUGUUAGGUGCGGCGGUGCUCACCCGCUCUCUGACAGAGCAGCAGUCAUGGCCACCGCGACUCUCUCCCUGUCCGUCUCCGCACGGCGCCUAGCAACGCCGGGAGCGCGAUAGCCGCCGGCUCCCUGGCAACGCUAGGACGCCGUGCGUUCAGGGCCGCUGGGUCCAUAGCAACGGGGACGCCACAGGCGGACCGCAUUCCACGUUGCAUUAAUGAAGCAUUCACACCUGUUUUCCCCUGCUCGUGCAGCAAAGCAGCUGCACAACAUUUGUUAAUUAGGCUCUGUAUUCCUAUUGGAGGGUUCCCUGUUAUAUGCUUCCUCAGUGCCUCACACUAAAGCCGGUGAUAGCUUCCUGUAUGCUGUUUAUGUCUGGUGAACGUCUGUUCCUGGUCUGCUGUAUCCGGUCCAUCCUGCUCCCUGUGUCCUUGUAUCCAGGAGUUCUUUAGCCGGUCCCGGGAAUCCUUCUGGUCCUCGUGAACCUGUGGCUGUCGUUUGGGGUUCUCGCCCGGUUUCGUGAGUGGCGGCUUUGCCGCGUGUUGCGGCCUAGCCCCAGUGUUCGCAAAAACGCGAUAUAGCGCGUUUUUUACCCGGUAUUGAUGUUCAGGGACUCACAUUUCCAACAUGCGUGAGUCCUCUGGGACGCGCUCCGCUGCAGCCAAUCCCUAGCCUGGCAGAUUGAUUGGUGCGGCGGCCAGGCGCCAGGCUUUAAAAAGAGGAGGUGGAGCCUUGCCAGUCAGGACAUGACAGCGCAGCUCCGUGGCAGCGAUCUUCUGUGACAGUGGGUAACCCGCGGCUGGGGAGGGGGUUUGGCUUCUGAGUGCUGCCAGUGGUCCGUGGCCGGGGAUAAGGAAGUCGGGUGCUCCGCUAUCUCACGGUAGAUAUUUGCUUUAAGCUGUUUAAGUGGCGUGGGGAGAGGGGGGCUGUCUGUUCCCGCGGUGGGGGCUAGUUCAGGGACCGCACUACAACGAGUCUCUUUUACUCAUUAAAUGCCGCAAACAGCGCUGCGCCUGUUCGCCCGCCCACCACCAGUGCCCCAGAGCCCGUGUGUGAAGACCAGCACUGCACAGCCAGUCACUCGUGUCCUGUCUCCCGGCCAGUAAAAGGUCCACUCUCCUUCUCCUCCGUACCUAUUUUACUAAUCUAAACUCCCCCUCUAUUGCUGCUGACACAGACACCAGGCUGGAAGGGGAGGACAGGGGCCGCUCUCUCAGCCAUUGCCUACUUCUAUUUCAGCCCUGCAUACCUCCCAACUUUCAAAAUUGUCAAAAGGGACUUCCGCGCCGAAAAGGGGCGUGUCUACAUAAAAUGGGCGUGUCUUUGCAUAAAGGGGCGUGGCCUCGCGGCAAUUCCGCGAUCGCGAGCCACGGCCCCUUUCUUGUUACUAGGGGGGCAUGGCCAGCGCUCAGUUAGCUGCUGGCAUGCCCCCAGUACCUCCAUGAAUAGACGCUGUGUGCGCAUGCGCACAGCGUCUAUUCACUCGGCUCUGCUGUGAGUGCAAAAGCCUCCCAAAUGUCCCCCCCACCACCGCGGGACACGGGUGGGACAGCGGGACUGUCCCGCAAAAAUUGGGACAGUUGGGAGGUAUGCCCCUGUCCUGACCGUCCCCGGCUCCAAAAGUCCGUCGGAGGAAUGUGCAGAGGCACUGGCAGUCGUGUCCAUACACCACUGACUUCAA